AUGGAAAGCCCAUUACAGCCGCAGCGUCGCUUCCUCCUACAGCAGCGCCUCCAGCCGCAGCACUGCGCACCGCGAGAGGAGGAGGAGGAGGAAGAAGAGGAGGAGGAGGAGGAGGAGCGCUCCGGCGGGCGGCGCGACCCCCGCACCUGCACCUGCCACGCGCGCAAAAGCCUCGUUUGUCACGGGACGUCGUCUCAAACGCAACUCGGCACUUCAGUAAGGACGCCGUCCGUCUCGUCUUCCCCGAGGCAAGGGUGCCGGUACAGCGCGUGUGAGCUCACGCCUUCUAGUCAUGGUAGUUCAUCCAGGCAACAUCACCACCGCCGCCACCACCACCAUCACCACCACCACCACCACCAUCAUCCGCAGCAGCCGGGAAGCCCGGUCGGCGAGCCCCGCCGCGAAAUAGCCGCCGUCGCGAUGAGCGGCUGCAGAUACAACGGCGGCGUGAUGCGGCCGCUGAGCCGCGCCGGCUCGUCGCGCCGCAACCUGCACGAGUUCGACUCGGAGUCGCAGCCGCUGCAGCCCGUGUGCGCCGUGGACGCGAGGACGGAGAACCGCGCCGGCGCUCCGGUGCCGUACUCCACGGCGGACGGCGCGGGCGGCGGAGGAGGCGGCGGCGGAGGAGGCGGUGGAGGAGGAGGAGGAGGAGGAGGAAGCGGCAAGCAGGGCAAGAAGAAGAACCAGAACAUCGGCCAGAAGCUCGGCCACCGGAGGGCCCUGUUUGAGAAGCGGAAGCGCCUCAGCGACUACGCGCUCAUCUUCGGCAUGUUCGGCAUCGUGGUCAUGGUCAUAGAGACGGAGCUUUCAUGGGGAGCGUACGGCAAGGAGUCAUUGUAUUCAUUAGCUCUAAAAUGCCUGAUAAGCCUUUCUACAAUCAUCCUCCUUGGCUUGAUUAUCAUAUAUCACGCCCGGGAGAUUCAGCUGUUUAUGGUAGACAACGCAGCGGACGACUGGAGGAUAGCCAUGACGUACGAGCGCAUCUUCUUCAUCUGCCUGGAAAUCCUGGUGUGCGCCAUCCACCCCAUCCCGGGCAAGUACACCUUCACGUGGACGGCACGCCUGGCCUUCUACUACACGCCGUCCAAGACGGACGCCGACGUGGACAUUAUCCUGUCCAUCCCCAUGUUCCUGCGCCUCUACCUGAUCGCCCGCGUCAUGCUGCUGCACAGCAAGCUCUUCACGGACGCGUCGUCACGCAGCAUCGGCGCCCUCAACAAGAUCAACUUCAACACACGCUUUGUCAUGAAGACCCUUAUGACCAUCUGCCCCGGCACCGUGCUGCUCGUCUUCACCAUUUCCCUGUGGAUCAUCGCUGCCUGGACUGUCAGGGCGUGCGAAAGGUACCACGAUAACCAGGAUGUAACCAGCAACUUCCUAGGAGCCAUGUGGUUGAUCUCAAUCACUUUUCUAACCAUCGGAUACGGGGACAUGGUCCCUAACACGUACUGUGGCAAAGGGGUCUGUCUCCUCACCGGGAUCAUGGGUGCCGGAUGCACUGCUUUGGUGGUGGCCGUGGUCGCAAAAAAACUGGAAUUAACCAAAGCCGAAAAACAUGUACAUAACUUUAUGAUGGACACGCAGCUGACAAAAAGAGUGAAGAACACUGCUGCAAACGUUCUCAGGGAGACCUGGCUCAUCUACAAGAACACCAAGCUGGUGAGGAAGAUGGACCACGCCAGAGUCAGGAAGCACCAGAGGAAAUUCCUCCAAGCCAUUCACCAAUUAAGAAGUGUUAAAAUGGAGCAACGGAAGCUGAAUGACCAAGCAAACUCUCUAGUGGACCUCGCAAAGACUCAGAACAUCAUGUACGACCUGAUCUCGGACCUGAACGAACGCGGCGAGGACACGGAGAAGCGCAUCGCCGUGCUCGAGACCAAGCUGGAGACGUUGCUGAGUAACCUGCAGGCUCUUCCGGGCCUCAUCAGCCAGCUGAUCAGCCAGCAGCAGCGUGACUUCCUGGAGGUGCAGCUGCAGCCAUACGAGCGCUCGCAGUCUGUGUCUCGACGGCGCUCUUCCUCCACGGCGCCCCCUACGUCAUCAGAGAGCAGCUAGAGACCCUCGGAGCCCCCUCGCAGAGACCCUCCGCCAUCCUAUGGCCGACGUGCAUCUUACUGUAAAGCCUUACGGUGUCUCAAUAACGCGUCCUCCGCCUCCUGAUGACGGUAGCUGAAAUGGCGUACAGCUUUUAAUUUGUACCUCAAGGUUCUCUUUUCUCUGCUGGCAGGUUCUCAGAGAAUUUUUUUCCUCAGUAUAGAAGGCGGGGCUGUCCAGAAAACCCGUCCUCACACACUCAUCAGGAGAGCAGUGUCACACAACCUCCAUGGCGCAAAAUAAUACUGUGCCAGAAUAGUGCUUCCCAACGGACGUCCUGCUCUUCCUGCGUGUACGAGACUGUAUGAGACUGAGUAAUUCCUCAAACCAGCAGGUGUUAAGACUUUUUGUUUCAUCCAGCAGUCGAUAGGGGACUGACCCCCGCUGACCCCUCACCCCCUCACCCCUGUCCAGAGCUAACAUAUAGAUUUACACACCGGAGGAGAAAUAUAUCUAUAUAUAUUUUAGGUUAGAAACAGCAUCAGAUAUUUACGGUCUUCUUCUUCUGAAGCCGCCCCUUCCGAGCUAUUCUCUUUCCGGGGGCCAAACGAGAUAACAAAACAAUUUAUUUUAUUUUAUUUUAUUUUUUAAUUUCCAAACGAAUGCAUCUAAAGCUAUACUUGCACUUCUUAUGCACUUCAAUGCUGACUGACUAUUAUAUGAAUUUACGUUGCUCUUUUAAAAACAAAAAUAAAAACACAUUUAGUCAUUAGAUCACGGCCAGAAUGUACGACUGCGUAGUCUUAAAGCAGGAUACGUUAGCAACUAAAAGCCCCUCCUUAUAUUUAAACGGGACCUCAACCUAAAACUGUGCUUAUUUCCUAGAUGUUAGACCGCUGCUAUUACUGCUGCAUCAUCCUCAAUCUUUCAAGCUCUUCUUAAAGGGAUCAUUUGGUGAGGAAUGGAAUUGCCUUCUCAACCGGUGUUUGAUAUCCACUUCGUUUAGCUUUGCACUGUAGCUAAAUCUGUAACUAUGAUACUUCACACACUGUAUGGUUAUGUUAAAGAGGCGGCCAUCUCGGUGAACCGUAAAUUUCCUUCUACAGCGCAGUUUGGCGAUCCCGUGGUACUGGUGGUUCGACUUUUCUUCAUUUCCCCACUCAGAGCUUCAGUUCCUACCUGCAGUUUUAUAAACUUCUAACCAUGGUCUCAUCUAAUUCUGUCAGAUUAUACUUCUCAAAGUUUGAAGAUGGGUUUUCCCAUGAACUAAUAAGACAAUGGCUCUCAAUUUGGCAUAAUGUUCCAGGGCACGGGUUCCAGAUCUACAGCAACCUCAUACAAUCAGUGUAUUAGUAUAGAGAUGUUAAUUAAAGCAUCUUUGAAUAGACUCUUAUUACGUCCAUACGAGCAAGAGACAAAGCCACAAACACAAAUUAGGUUCAAACGAUCAUCCGAAAUGAUUCCUCUGGACAAUCCCAUGGCGCCUGAUGUCCGACUUUUCUUCAGUUUUCUACACAGGAACUUCAGUUCCCUCGUUACGCUUCAAUAUGCGGAAAAUACUAGAGAAACUAGUGGUUUCAUCUUAUCUUGUCCUCUCCUGGACCUCUCAUUUAAAGUAUACAGAGGUGUUACAAAGCUAGGAAGGCUGUAGUGGAGAUGCUUCACACUUAAUACAGUUAGCUUGCUUUUGCUAAUCUGGCACUGGAGCUAGUACCAAGCCUAGCAUGUAACAUGGAAAUCAAACAAGUUAGCUUUAGAAGCUGUGGACAUGAUGCGGUUUCCGAUCAGGAAUGUUUAAAAAAGAAAUAAAUAAAAGUCACAGGUUUGUGCACGCCCACAAGAGACACGGUGUUAGCGUGACUUGUUAGCUACGUUGAGCCUCAUAGCUGCAGUGCAAAACUAAAAAAGCAAGUCUUGAACGAUCGAUUGUUGAACAAAUUUUGGUGUAACUGGAAAAACAGUUUCUUGCCAAACUAUUCCUAGCAAAAUGCAUCCCUCUCUCUCUCUCUCUCUCUCUCUCUCUAUCCAGCAGCCGAGAACAAGUUGUCAGCUUAGUGUUCUGUUCGUCUCCAAAAUCUCAAUGAAACCCACAUUCACCACCGGAUGCUAUUUCUGGAUGUAUCACAUCUGUCUAAGAGCAGCAAAUAACUUUAUUCGGAAAUGCCUAUUUUUAUACUCGUGAGGACAAGCACACCACCGAAAAUCCGUCUCUGUCAAAGAAACACGAAACUGUGGCCGAGAGCGAGGCUGGCGAUCGGAACCGAAGCUGUGAAAACCUGCGAGAGCUCGACUGACCCUCCGACGGCUUCCUGUAGGGAUCCCGGGGAAGACCAUCCCGAGCUUGUGUCCCAGUGUAGCAGCAUAACACCAUGACACUACUGUGACUUUAACCGGGACGAGUCGCGUGAGCGUCACGCAGAGAUUCACGCGGCACAUGACUGCCGCAAGCCGCUGCGGCUCACGGGAUGGAGGAACAGUUUUCCACCCGGGUUCGGUCUAGCCUCAGACGACAAAAUGGAGCGGAUCUCGCGUUUGUCUUUGUGUGGUCAGCGCAGGAUAGCAGUGAUGUCAGAUGUACCACGUCUUUAACGUAUUUUUGUGUUCUUUUACAUGAGUGCAAAAGUUUGCGUCCCCUGUGUUUCAUACAUAUCCAAGAAAGACAAACAUACAACUUUUUUACUGUCUUCAGCCACAGAACCUUAUUUACAUUCCAGGCGUUUGGUAGACGUUCUUAUCCAGAGCGACAUUUUCUCUCAGUUUGAGAUUUAUAGUUAGAUUUAAUGUUGUGACGCGUCCAUGAGAGAGUGAUUCUGUCAACACUUACCUUAUAGAAAAGAUAAAUAUUAGCUUCCUAACCAGAUUUCUGUCUCUCUCUCUCUCUCUCUCUCCUAUUUUCUCUAAACCUCUCUCUGUCUCUCAGUCUCUUUUUCUCGCUGUCUCUCUCUAUCUCUCCCUCUCUCACUGUUUCUUUUUCUCACUGUCUCUGUCUGUCUGUCUCUUUCUCUCGCUCCCUGUCUAUUUUUUUCUGUCUCUCUCUUUCUCUGUUUUUCUCUCUCUUCCUUUUUCUCUUUCUAUCUCUCUCCCUGUACCUUUUUCUCUCUGUCUCUCUCUCUCACUCCAUCUCUCUCUUCCUUUUUCUCUUUCUCUCUGUCUCGCUGUCUCACUCUCUCUCUCUCCUUUUCUCUCUUUCUCUCUCUCACUGUCUUUCUAUUUCUAACUCUGUCUUUCUCUUUCUUUCUCUCUUAUCCCCCCCAUCUUAUUCUCUCUCUCUCUCUCUCCCUCUCUGUCUCUCUCUCUCUCUCUCUCACACCCCAAAAGUCUUUACAUGAAUCUUAAACAAACAUCUUCUAACACCGAGCUUCACCCCAGCGACAGUUUCUUUAUUAAACAUCACAUUAUAUUUAAUCUAUUUAUUAUUCCUCUUAUAUUAAGUGGAACGUUCACGACAACAACGCCUUGGAGGAGCGUAUUAACAUAAACGCAUCUCAGUGUUACAGACAGAACGACUCCCUGAGCCGUUAAAUAUAACUGAAUUCACGCCAAACGUCUAACCAAUCAGAUCAGAGAAGUGAGCUGUAGCGUAAAGACUCGUAAUGUCCGUGUCUCAUGAUGUUCAUGUGCGUCUUCAUUAAGCUUAAUAUUCGAGAAUGUUUACAUCGUCUUCAGAAAAACGGGAGGGAUGCAAACUUUUGAACUCGUACCAUUUUACAUCUUUAACUGUUUAUAUUUUAAACCACACCAUUUCUUCUUUGUCGCAAUGAAGGAGUUUAUUCCAGUUUAUCCGCCGUAUCGAUCUGUCUCACAAUAAAGACUUUAUAUUUGCUUUACAUUUGUACAAAAACCCCGGACGGCUGAAAUGAUGCUAAAUUUCAGCUCAGAUGGCUUAAAGGUGCGGUUUGUCAUUUUCACACAAUAAUUCUAGACCUGCUUUAGUCAUGAUACUUUCAAGAGAAACAGUACAAUCAUGAUGUAAUGAAUUUGGAUGGUUCAUUUCUUCCAGGAUUUUAUUUGCCAUAUUUCUGAACCUAGCUCCUCUGUAGCUCAAACGUCUCAGCUUCGUUUCUACUGGUACUAGCAUGUUGUAUUUGUGUGAUACGGACGGUACAGAGAGGGGGAUAAUGGGUAAAUCAUAGCACACAGGGGCACAGUGACAAGCCAGACAUGCACAACAAAAUCUUUACAGCGUAAUCUACGGUGCUGUGCUUCAAACAGACUUCAGGUAAACACAGAUCGUUCGAGGUGAGCUCGCGUACCUGGAAACAUCACCACAAGAUAUCGUCAUUUCAUUGGAGGAGAACUGUUUUGAUCCGUUUAGUUUUUUAGUGCUUUUUUUAUGCUAGUCGAAUCGGUGAAGGCGGAAGCACAGAUCAUUGAAGACACAUGCUAUGACUUUCUGUGAGAGCUGAAUUCAUGCGCUCAUGGAAGAGGGAUUUGGAUGAAUGUGUAUCGUAGUGAUGUCACAAAUCUGAGGGGAAAAACGUGCAGCCAUUUUGGAAAACCUGCAAGCUUGUGUGAAUAUCAUUGAGUUUGCUUGGUCGUGAAAUCCCGGAAAGACUAUUUGCGGCAUCUGCAAGUGCGGCGAAAAUGAUAAAACGAUUGUUUAUCUCAGAUCUGGAUAGCGCUUUUAGCAAUGGACAAAUGUCGCAAAGCAGGUCUAUAAAUUCAGAAUGUAAACUCGAAAACAUUGCAAUUGAUCACAUUUAGUAUUUUCUGCCUUCGAUCAGUGAAAUAUAGACUCAUUGAGAGAAAUAUCAUUUAUCUCUUUAACAUAUUUUUAGCUUCACGUCCUCAAAGCCGUUAGCUUUCUGUUUACUGUCAGUUUUGCUUGGAUUCAUGCAACACUGCCCCCUAGUGCACACACUUAGAAUGACAUCCUAGAACGCACGCUAUUAGACACGUGUAAAUACGUUAUUAAACACGUGUAAAUACGUCAUUACACACGUGUCAACACGCUGUUAACGGUACGUUAAUGUGCUUCGAUGGGGGGGAAUGAAAAUUUCCGAGAUGAAAUGAAGAUUUUGUACUUGUGCUGUAAUGUCACCUCACAUCCACCAGAGGGCGCUGAUUACACAUUACAAACCGCACCGUUAAGAUCACGACUGAGCUUUCCAGAUUUCAAAUCCUUCUUAAUCACUUAUCUAAUUAGGUUGAAGUAAUGUAGGUCAGACUUUCAUCGUCUCCUAUCCCAAAUCCAUCCAUUUUGAGUCUAAGGCUAGAUCUAAUCUGCAAGCAAGCAGCUGGGAUCUGAGAGCUCUGUGUAUUUCACUUCUUUCCAAGAGACUCCUGUUGUCUGAUUCCUGGUGGUCUGUUGCAAGUUGCUCGCAUGUUACGGACUGUGAUCUUUUUUUUGGAUGCCCACUCAUCUGAUGGCCUGAAGCUGGAUGGAUCAGAGCGAGAACACGUCCGACCUACGAGAUCGGUGCUGGAUCCAGCAAUUUCACCAACAUUUGAGUGAUAAUAAUGUAUGCAAAAUGAUUAUGAAUAAUAAAAAGAAACUAUUUA